UGCAGCGCGUAGCACGCCAGAUGUUCGCGGAGGCGCAGACUGCGUGAUUUUCAAUUGACGACGCCACGGGACUUCCGGCAUCAUCGCCAAAAUUGCGCCGUCCUCUUGGCAGAGUUUCUAGUGCUCGUGACGUGCGUCAGCGAAGUUCCCCGCAGCGAGAACAGCGAUUGCAUUACUCACCUAUCGUUAGCCAAAUCGUGUCUCGCGAAGAUCGUUGCGGGUUCGACUGUCGGAGAAAAAUCUUCGCGCGACUGCGUUUCACGGUGAUAUUGCAUUGUCAGCGAUGUCCGGAACCUGGAAUCGAGGUCUUUUCUAUUUGUCGGAUUUUCGUGCUCGUCGUGUAAGGCAAAUCAGACUCGAUAAUAAAAUGCCGACCGAGUGCAUCGCCAAUCCCUUGCAACGGGAGCUGGCCGAUUCGAUAAUACGGCUACAGCCGCUCGAUGAGAUCCGCAUCCUCCUCGCAUGCGGUGCUAAACCGAAUGAGCCGGUAACCCAGGGCCUCAGGCCCCUGCACUAUGCCGUAUGGCAGCGAUACACCGAGGCCGCUCAGCUGUUGCUGGUACGUGGUGCCGACAUCAACGCAACUGACGAGUGUGGCUACUCGGCUUUGCAUCUCGCCGCCGAGCACGGCUACCUCGAUCUGGUGAAGUUGCUGCUUAAGUAUGGCGCCAAGGUGGACCACCGACAGGAUACAGGGGAACUUUUUCCCAGGACCAUGUUGUGCGACGAGCCAUUGCGUCUGGCUCUGCGAAAUCGCCACGUUGAAGUUGCGAGGAUCCUGCUUGAAGCCGGCGCUAAUCCAAACAAGAGAUAUUUUUUCGGCUCCGAGAUCAAUCUGGUGUCGCCCUUGGAUCUGGAGUGUAUGGAACUGCUGUUAGCUUUCGGUGCUCAUCCGAACACGCGGGAUCGUGCCGGGCUGACGCCUCUCAUGAAGGCUGCCAGACUACCGCAGGGCAUUUCUUCGGUGCUUCUGCUGCUGAGUUACGGUGCAGAUGUGAACGCGACGGCGGACGCCAGGCACGAUUACCGAACAGUGCUGCAUUACGCGAUUCUCGGUGGCGAUCCGGCGGUAAUCAAUCUCUUGCUUAAGCAAGGCGCCCGGUUGGAUCUCGGGCCGGACUACCAGAAACCGACGGCCCUGGAUUUGGCCAUACUCAAGGGUGACCCGUCGAUCGUCGAAAUGCUGCUCGAAGCGGGCGCGGAUGUGAACGCCACUUCGCCGAUCAUUGGUUCCCCAUUACACGUGGCAUGCGCGGAUAAUAUCCCGAACCGGCUAGAGAUCCUGUGUAUGUUGCUGGAACGUGGCGCCGAUCCCAAUCUAGUGAUACGCAGCGACGAUGGACCGGCGUUAAGGCCGGUGCUCGCCGAAUACGUCGCUUCUAACGAGAACCCAUCGGUGGAGAUAGUGGCGUUGCUGCUGAAAUACGGUGCCCGAGUAGUGAUCAAGACACAAUUUCGUGAUCCACACGGUAUCCUCAAUUCUUUGCAGAAUACGGCCGAUAAGCCGCGAUUGCUACGCGCAUUAUUGGAAGCGGCGGAGAGCUUUGAUCCCUGUAUGAUACGACGGUCCAGCAGUUUGACGGACGCACAGAAGGCUUUGGUGAUGGAGGCAGCUAAAACUCCGCUGCCGUUGACCCAUCAAGCGAGAUUAAUAGUCCGCAAACUCUGCGGUACCAAGCUACCAAAAAUUGUCAGGAAACUGCAGCUACCGCAGUCAUUGCAUCGUUACCUCCUCUAUGACUACUACUAGCCGAGAGUUAAAGUUUGACAGGAGAGAUGAUAUUAUAUGUCGGAGUACUUCCUUGGAUUUUCGAGCUUCAAUCUCAUCAAAAUUAUAGAUUUGAGAUAAAAAAGAUGAGUAUUAUCUCGCUAGAAACUACAUCGGAAUCGAUAGUAUCGAAGUUGAAGUCAAUUUUUUUAAAGAUUGUUGGAGACAUGGAAGAUAAAAUAUUUGCACAAAGUAGAUAUUGUGAGUUUACAUCAAUUCAACGAGUAUAAUAACGAUGUUGUCAAAGCAAUGACCUCUUGUUUCUACUUGCAAUUAGUAUUCUUCUUUUGUACGAUGCAUAAAAAGUGAUAUAAGCUUAGACAGUAAUACAUAUAUAUUUUGCCUGUACUCGUUAUGAUUCUAGUCACCAAAUGUACGUUUUGUAUGUAUGUCUUUCUCUCUACUUUCUAUGUUGGGAAGACCAUUAGAUAGAAGUAAUGCAAAACGCGUUAUUUCCGUUGCUCAAACGCGUGAAUGGCCGAGAUUCUGCACUGAAAAAAGUCUAGUAAUAAUCGGUCUUAGAUAAUAGUUUACUAAAGCUUUAGUGAAAUAAUUUCAAUCAAAUGUGUUCAAUUAAUAUAAUCAAAACCAAAUAUCUAAACGUUUAUUUUACUUUUUUAAUUAUUUCCGAACGAUUGAUUACUAUUAUUAUGUUUAGCAAUAUUUUUUAAAUAUUGCACUAGUAUUGCUAAACAAAAUAUAUUUGGUAGCUAUUACCAGACUUUUUUUUCAGUGUGCGCUUUUCGCUAACAUUCUCGAACAUUCUCGCAUCGUCAAUCUGGAAAUAUUACGUUAUCUCUCAAAGUUAUAUACAGCGAAGUUAUACUCGUCGCCCCGCAUAGCUGAAGAGGAUUUCUUUCAAUGAUCGCGAAAUGAUUGAUUUUUUUGUAUCUUUACAUAUACGAUGAUAUAUACGUUCAGUGUACAAUAAAGAGAAAUAAAGAGAAAUCAAAUUGGAACGCUAA